AAGUGUAGCUAACAGAAUUACAUACCAAAUCAAAUGGUAAUCUAUGAAAUUGAUUUAGCUGGCACUUGCAAAUACUAUACUUCAAAUAGUAAAAUAUCCUACACUGUUGUCCCUGUGUAAAACCUCCUAAUCCCACAUGAGUUGUGAACCUUCUUGAGAUGUGUAUAUAUACUUACACAACAGUAGAGAGGAAAAGUAACUAAGAGAAAAAAAAAAAAAACAUAAGGUCUAAAUUAGUUUAAGAGAGAUUAGCUAGGAUCUCUUCCUUUUGGUUCCUAACCAAAAGGCACCACCAACCAUCAUGGGCAGCUACAACCAUGAACUUCUUGCUACCUCAACGACCGUUUCUGAUCGACUCUUCAACCGUUGCCUUGUCCGUGAGAAGACCACAAACGAACGCAUUCAUCUCAAAGCUUCUCAAGUCGAAUCAGAUUCGUGCUCCUUCGUCGUCACUUACCAGCCGCGUCUCCAGGUUCGUAAUGAGAAUCUCGACGGACACGAAAUGAAGUCCGUCAUCAAACGUCGUCGCCAUGAAGAAAUCAAAGUCGAAGACAGCAUCCCAAAACAGUAUCUUGGCUCCCAAGACACAUGCGUUGAGCACGUCAUGGUCAUCUUGUCGGCGAUGCCCCUAUCGCACUCUCUCCAAGAACGUCUUGUCCGUUACAUCUCAGUCGAAUCUGUUAACUUCCACAGAAGCCGCGGCGGAAGAGGAGGUUUGAAGAUAGAAGUUGACGUCAAAGUCAACGAGGAAGAAUGGGUGAAGUGUGAUUGCACUUGUGAAGACAAGGGUAGUACUUGUCGUCAGGUCCCGGAGACGGAUUGUCCGAUAUGCUUAAAUGAGUUAUCUGGUCCGAUGGGUCGCGUAGAGUUGUCAUGCUCCCACCACUUUCAUAGAGACUGUAUUAUGAUGUGGCUGGGAAGCAACGAGUCUUGUCCUAUCUGCCGUAGCAACGCCAUCGGCCAAACCGUUUCUCUCUAUUAAAUUAAAUUCGCAUUGUGGUUUGUAAAACCUUUAAUAUGUGA